AUGUACUCAAAGAAGGUCUGUCUGGUAAGUGUCGGCUCCAGACGCACUGAAGAGCCGGACCCGCUAGACCCGGGGAACACCCAGCGCAUGCACAAUAUGUUCAAGUACAAUCAGAUCGACGAAACAUUCUACGGAGAGACGAAGUUCCAUCCCAACAAUAGUCUGAAGUGGUGCUACGAAUACUUUGACAUCUGCAUUCAUGCGCUUGGUGCGUACUUCGCAAGUCGUGGCGAAUUUGCAUUGCACAGCUCACAGGAAGAAGUUAGCCUCAAGGUGUCUGCAUUAGUGCUUCCAGCAAAUGCUGCUGGCAAAGAUGAAGCUGGCAGCUUGGCAAUGAUGGACUUGUACGACAGCGAACUGCACAAAAUUUGCGAGAAACGGAGUCUUCAGUUUCCACAUCUGUCGACAGCAUCUGAAGAAGUUGUGUCGGUUGGAUCGAAUGACUUCUUUGUGAUGCAGAAAGCUGCUAGUGAAGCCGCCAACACUCCACCGCUCAAGUCCGUAUUGUCGUUGAUGAAACUGAGUGGAUGGGACCCGGACGUGUUCUACAAGUUUCGCAAUCUCUAUGCAUUGGACAAAGAGAAGGACAUCGCGUUCGAGAUCGGCCGCCUCUGCUAUAAUUUGCACGAGUACGACAGCGCUAUAGCUUACCAUGCUCUCUCUGUGUGGGUGUUUGCGCUCAACAAUUCGUACCAAAAGGCACCGAUUUGGCUCCAGCGCGUGCACCAAGAGACAGGUGCUGUACUAGUUGGUGGCGUUUGCACAGUGCCCACACAGCCUGCAAUGCAGCAUCUCACGGAUAUCGUUGUCCAUGAACAGGCACUUCAACCACCUGGAAGCAUGCUGGCAUAG